AUGUCGGGCACUUUCUACGGUGCUAAGGUUUACCUCAUCCACACUACGCAGCACACUCGACCUUUCCUGACGACUGUACCUUUUAUAGCCCGCGAUUUCGCCUCUUGGGGAUACCGAGUCGAUCACCAUGCUGCAGAUUCGCCAUAUAUUAUCGAAGUUCGAUCCCGUGAGGAUGUGGAGCAUAUGAAACGUACAGAUCGUGGUGGCAGUCGAAGGACGAAGUUGAUGGGAAUAUGGGCAAACGAACUAGUUCGCAGAAAACGACAGCAGCGAGGAGAUGCAAGGGGUGGUGAAAUUCAGAUGCCCGUGGCUAAUGGCGGGUUUGGGUCGUUAGAAGCUAGGGUAAAGAAAGCCGGCGACCUAGUCCAAGAUGUCAUCGAUGGGUUGGUUGCGUCUGGUGAGUACAAGUCCAGCACACGGCGUUCCUCGUUUGAUAUUGGAGUGAAGGCUAACAGAGUAAAAGAAACUCAAUGCAUGCCGCAGUCGACUCGGAAGAGUAGAUCAACGGAGUCGUCGCCCACCAUUCUGACCACAUAUACUCGUCACUUAUACGCCAUUCGUUAUACGCCUAACGCACCUUUGCCAUCAUGGUCGAACCCUGACAUCUUCUAUGCAGAUCAUAUUGUUCUAGAAUUUCAUCACCACGAAAACAUUAGAAAAGAAUGUCUAGUUGAUGCAGUGCGUAGCGCAAUUGGUAAAGAUGAAGGAAGAAUGGGAAGAGUGGAGAAAUGCACAACUACAGGACUGAAGAGAGUGUAUCUAUGGAUUGAUGUUGCAGACACAUUUUUCGACGAUGUAGUGCGAGAAGAGGGCGAUUUGGAAGAUCCUGUUCCAAAGUAUGAGAGGGGUGAAAGUCCACCUAUAUAUGAGGAGAGAUAA